UAUAUAUAAAUGUCAUACUAUCAAUUCUUAACUUAUGACAAAUUUCCGUUUUAAAUACAUGGGAUAAAACUUCCUGUUUUAAGAAACAUCCUCAGUUGAACCUUGGGAAUUAAACGUUAAUAAUGCUGGCGAUUCUAGUUUACUUCUGUCUUGCGCUCUGUGUAGAGCAGACUAUGUCCGAGAUAAAGCUUCAGAAGGUCACCAACUGGGUUGAUGCAAACAAUGUAUGUAAUGGAACUGGUGGGACGUUACUGUCUGUGAAUGAAACACUGGUCAAUAAACAACUGACCAGAACUAAGAUCUGGCAACCUCUGGUCAAAAUUAAGACGAAACCCAUAAUUACAAGAGGUUGUCACAGCAGUUCAUUGAUAACACAAAUUGCUGGAGAUGCACGUACUUCUAUGGAGGAGAACAACAUCACGAAUUGUUACCACUUCUGUGGGGUCAACACACCGGAGUCAACUACCAAUGCUCUACUUAUGAAGAAAAAAAUGUGUAUCUGUGCACCAGAGGCUCUAGGCACUUCAUAUGGAACCGCUGACAAAUGCAGUGAACCUUGUCCUGGAAAUGUCAAUGAUUGGUGUGGAGGAAACAGCACUUACUCAGUGUAUGAAAUAGACAAUUUUUCCAACGAUGACCACUCUGAAGGGUGCGGAUCUGUGAAACACCAUGAGAAGAUAUCAAUUCACUACGAUAACUGCACUGAAGAAAGAGGGGCGUACUGCACUGGGCUGAGCAAUACAGACGGCACACGUUUAAAAAAUGAUAAAAAGACAUGGGACGAAUAUAACCAAAUAUGUGAAGGACGUCUUUCUUUCUUCAAUGACACGAUAAAUGCACAUUCGAGAGGAAAUACAAAUAUUUUACCAAGUGCUAGAUUUUGGGUCGGUCAUCGUGUGUGGAGUUACGUCCUGUUUGGAUUUGGUCACGCAGUUUUACCAAACGACUUGUCUGUGGAGUGUGCUUUAUAUGACAACACCACUGGAAGAAUAGAGUUUUCUUCAUGUUGGGAGAAUCAUACUUAUGCAUGCCAAAAAGACACUGAGGAUUACAUCUCCGCAUCAGAAACACCAGAACCAACCCUAUCAGAAACUCCCAGAACAGAUGACGCAAAGACCAACGAAGGAUCCCACCAAGUCGCCCUGACUGCAGGAGUUACUGUCGCAGUAGUCGCCCUGUUUGUGAUUGUUUGUAUUCUAGUAAUACUAUAUAAGAAGAGACGGAAAGGUAAAAAUCGCAGGCAUUCAGUAGAGCCUUCUGUAAAGCAGAUACGUGGCAGUAGGAAUUCUGGAACGGAUGGAGUGCCUAUACACCAAAGCGAGACUCCGGACAACGACUACACCUAUAAUCACCUCCAUGAAAAUCUAAGCACUCAGAAAGACAAAUCAGACUAUGUGUAUGACGUGGGUGGAAGCUGUGCUGCUGGUAUUAAUAUCCACGGGGAUGACGUUUAUAACACUAGUAACCAGUGCUCUGGGAACGAGGUAUACGACUCCAGUUUUCAUAAUUCUCAAAAAUCCGGCGCUGACAUACUGAACAGCGACAUGUACAGUACCCUGCUCGGGCAAAAUGGAGUUGAAUGUCAGAAAGAUGUGGAUCUAUAUGACCACACAAUUUCUAGUGGUCAAAAGGAUACUAAAACUGAUGACCUUUACCAUACAAUUCACUAGUGACACUUAACACAUAAACUUUGUGAUGAAUAACACACGUCGGCUACUAGCCAGGAGCGAUAUAUGACCCUGUUACUAAUAACACACGUCGGCUACUGGCAAAGAACGAUAUAUGGCCCUGUUGCUACUAACUGCCAUGAAUUGUGAGACAAACUUCCUGGUACUUAGAAUAGAACUUUCUUUGGUAAACUACCCAAGGCUACUUUCACCAGACGUGACUAUCCGUUCUGAAAAUGAGCACGAUAGAUUGAAGAAUCAUUUCAUGCCUGUAUUUAUAUUUUAUUAAAUAAAAUUCUUCAAUCCUUUG